AUGGUUCAGUCGAUGAGAAGUAUCGUCGGACGGACAGCACCGGUUCGAUUUCGGUACAUUUUUCUACUUGCAACCGUCUUCGGUGGGAGCUUUCUGAUUCUCAUCAUAAACAAUAGCACAGACAUUUUUUCCUUCAAAAAUGACGUAAGUUCGACGUGGUAUUCAUCCCAUCGUUAUGAGCUUUUCGAUUCUGGCGCAAGUUUCACGAUCAAAACUGAGGGUUGUACCAUUCCAGGUUUACAUCCUUUUGAUGAAAGCAUUCGAAAAUUUAUUGAACAACCAAAACAUUUAAAAUCAUGUUCUAGAGAUAACGCCUCUCUGCUGAAGAGUAAUGAGACACAUAUUUGGAUAUCAUCUGAAAAAGUUAAUCUGCCCACAGACGCAAACAUAUCCUGUUGUUAUAAAUCGUUUUACAGACCUCUAUCCAUAAACGACAUAUCUUCCACCGAUGUUGACGAUAGAGUAAAAUAUGAAGAAUGCAUUUAUUUCUCUGAUUACGUAGAAGUUGCAAAUGAAUUUGUUAAAGUGUCUUGUAUCGACCAUGACAAAACAAUAUACGAACAGUUUUUUUUAUUUGCACCAAAAAAGCCAUUUAUGUCUUACAAGGACGAUUCAGUUGAAGCCCCUAUAAAUCAGUCAGGGUACAACGUUAUAGUAAUGGGCAUUGACGCGAUUUCGAGAUUGAAUUUUUAUAGAACGAUGCCUAGGACUUUGGCCUAUUUGAAGAAAAAAGGUGCUAUAGAGUUAUUUGGUUACAAUAAAGUGGGUGACAAUACUUUUCCUAAUCUAACACCUAUGCUACUCGGCAUAAAAGACACAGAUUUGAAAAGGACUUGCUGGCCCAACACCAGAGCAACUUUUGAUAAUUGUCCUUUUAUUUGGGACUGGUUCAAAGAAGUGGGUUAUUAUACAGCACUUGGUGAAGACAGUGCCAGUUUAGGUACAUUUAACUUCGAAAAAAUGGGGUUCAGUGGUACUCCGACCGAUUAUUAUAUUCACACAUUCAUGCAUGAAGCUGAACUUCAGGUGGGAAAUAAUAAAGACUUCAAUUCGUUUAUAUGCAUGGGAAAUAAAUACUUUUUUCAAGUAUUACUCGAUUAUAUACAAGACUUAACAAGAACCUUAAAAUCAUCAAAAUUGUUUGGCUUCUUUUGGGAAGUGACAAUGAGUCAUGAUUAUUUAAAUUACCCGGUCAUUAUGGAUAACAGUUAUGAAAAGUUUUUAAAGUAUUUAGACGACACAAAAUAUUUAGAAGAAACCGUAUUAAUUUUAUUAAGUGACCACGGUAUACGAUGGGGUGAUAUUCGGUUUACCAAGCAAGGACGCCUGGAAGAAAGAUUACCACUUGUUCACAUAUUGUUACCAACAUCAUUUAGAGAAAACUAUUCCCUGGCGUAUAGUAAUUUGAAAUUAAACAGUAGACGUCUUACCACACCUUUUGAUUUGUACGCGACUCUCUCGGAUCUCGUUAACUUAGAUACAAUUAAAAAUGAAAAAAUCAGAUAUCGAAGUUCUUUAUAUUAUGCACAAAAAAAUAGCAUCAGUUUAUUUUUACCUAUACCUAGUAACCGAACAUGCCAGAUAGCCGCAAUUGACGACCACUGGUGUACGUGUCACGUUGGAAAAAAGAUAUCUAUUAAAAGUACUGAAGCAUUAGAAGCUGCCGCCUUCUUAGUGAAGCGAUUAAAUAUAAUGGUGCGUCCAUACACACAGUGUGAACCUCUUUUGCUUGCUGAACUGUUGGAAAUAACUGAAAUGGAAGUGGGAACGCCGGGUGAGAACGAAGUGGGUUGGCGUGAAUUUAUGGUGACAAUACGCACUGUACCUGGUGGUGGUAUGUUUGAGGCGACUUUACGCCACGACAGCAGCGGCUGGUCGUUAGCUGGUACUGUCAGCCGACUUAACCUCUAUGGCGAUCAAAGUCGCUGUGUUCACGACUAUCAAUUAAAAUUAUAUUGCUACUGUAGAUAA